CAAAGUGUGAACCGAAAGUCGACCAGCUGAUACUGAUUAGAAGAUAACUGUCAGAAUAUUCUCAAAAUAAAAACUAUAAUCCAAACAUCUGGGGCUUAUUGCUGAAUUCUCCAGACUUCCAGGUUUGAUAUAGCAUUGUCUGGAAUUUCAAUUGUAACACGAAGUUUCCGAUACUGGCUUUAUUGGUUUGUCAUGAUAGCAAUACCAAAUUUUCUGUAAGAUGCUUCAGAGUAAUUGUCGCCAUUCGUCCACGAUACCCAAGGAGGCAUGCUGUUUUUGCAAUUUAUCCGAACCGAAAAAACUGCUAGAUUUAUGCUUUAACUACAUUAACAAAGAUCUCGAAGCGAUAUGCGAAUUUACUGGGUAUUCCGGUUACUUGAAGCUGAAACAUGGUAUAUCAUUGCCAGUGGAGAUUUGCGAAAAGCUCCUGUCUGUCCGAUCGGAAAGCUUAUACAGCGUCGAUUCAAGUUUCAUCAACAUUUUCAAAGACACCAGUAAUACCAGGUUAAAGAGAGUGCGAUUACGAAAAGGCAAAAUUUACGACCAUGACCUGGAAGUACUUCUCAGCCAUGAAUUACUAGAUUUGGAUAUAGCUCAAAACAAAGAUUUGUCACACAAUUGCAUUAGGCAUCUUUCUACACAUGGGUCCAGCUUGCUUUCGUUGAGUAUCGGGGAACACGUGAAUAUAUUUCCCGCAUUGACUUUCGGCAACAUGGAGAAAUGGCCACAAAACUGCAUUCUAAAUGUUCCCAAUCUGCGUAGAUUUGCACUGAAAGGAUGCCACCAUUUGCCAGAUACAUUUUAUGCCGUGCUUCUGAAUCCCAUGACUUAUUUAACGCAUUUAGACUUAAGCAACUGUGGCUCUCUGGGCAGUUUCAGCUACUCAGAGCAUCUAGUUAGUCUGCGCAGUCUGAUUCUGUACAAUGUCGACAACAUUGACGAAAUGAUACCAGCCAUUUGCAAGCUGAAAACUCUCACCCACUUGGAUGUGUCCCAAAGUAGGGACGAGCAUAGGAAAUUUCCGAAAUCCACAGCCACUUUAACGGCUCUGGUCAAAAGUUUGCCUCAUCUAACAUCGCUGGAUAUUUCCGGAACUAACUUAGCUGGCACAGGAGUGGCCGAAACAGAUAAAGCUAGAGGCUCUGAUAUACCUGGACUGGUUUCAAGAGUCAAUAAUCCAUUUCACUUUUUGGGAUUAUAUGAAACGCUUCAUGAUGCUUGCUUGCGACAUGAUAUUCCUGCUAAACUAAUUGCAGGCAAUGCCAACGAAGAGCAAAUAUUAAUCUCAGCAUGGGCGUAUAUCGACCGAACUGAUAUGUUGCAGAAGGUGUUAAACGAGCUAUUCCAUUUGUUUAGAUUCGAAACUUGUCAAUUCGUUGGUCAAGCUCUAAACGUUGUUUUGGAAUCCAUGAACCGACACUUAGAUGAGAGACACAUCCAAAUUUCUGGAAGUGCCACAUUGUUUUACAUUGUAAAAGGAACUGAGGAAGAGCUUCAGAGACAUGUGAGAAAGAAAAUAAUAUCAACACUGUUAAAUGGAAUGAGUGUACAUAAAAAUGAUGAAACAAUGAUGCGAAACGGUUGUCUUACUUUGUGUCAGUUUAAAAUUCCCGUCGAUGUUCUUUUCGAAUACGAGAGAUUGGUAGAAGUGCUGUUGUACUCCGUUCAUGGGAUGACAUCCGAAAGUUUCGUUCAAAGAAUCGGAAUUUAUUUGCUCAAUUCAUUAGCUUGCCAGGUCGACGGCCAGCAGAAAGUGAGACUGGGCGAAUUAGGUGCAAUAAAUAGGAUGAUUUGGCUGAUCUCAGAGCGAUUGAAUAGAGGUUAUUGUGACGAUGUUUUGGAAGUGGCUUGGUCGACUAUGUGGAACGUUACUGAUGAAACACCAGCAAACUGCAGGAAAUUUUUGGAGUACAACGGCAUGGAAUAUUUCCUGGCUUGCUUGCAGACAUUUCCCGAUAAGGAUGAUUUAUUAAGGAACAUGAUGGGAUUACUUGGCAAUGUUGCGGAAGUAAAAGAACUUCGUGACUACCUUCUCACCCCCGAGUAUUUAUCGGUCUUUUCAGACCUGCUAGAUUCAAAAUGCGAUGGAAUAGAGGUCAGCUAUAAUGCAGCAGGUGUUAUAUCUCAUAUUGCAUCCGAUGGUCCCGAGGUGUGGACUGUUGAGGAGCCAUCGCGCCAGCAUGUUCUGAAUAAAAUGGUCUUGGCCAUUGACAGCUGGGACAUCAGCUCUAAACGCAAUAUAAACUAUCGAUCUUUUGAGCCAAUUCUCUAUCUGGUUAAAGUGUACCAUACGCCCGAAUGUCAACGAUGGGCUCUGUGGGCACUCGCUAACUUAACCACCGUGUACCCUGAUAAAUAUUGCCACUUGGUGGAAAAAGAAGGAGGCAUACUGUUACUGAAAGACGUGGUCGACCAUCCCGAAGCUGCUAUUGAAAUUAAACAACUAGCUAUGAUGGUGGUGGACAACUGCUGGAAAUUCAAAAAUCACGAUUGGCAGCAAGAGCUGGAUGGGUAAUGAAUGGAAAAAUGUAUAAAUAAUGUUUUAAUCUGCUUAUUUUACAUUUUACAACACACUCAUCAAAGCAGACUGAGUAAUUUUCAUAUUUCUUUGUGUGAUAAUAUCUACAUUAGUACAUUAUGGUGAAAUUUAUAUUGUUGUUGGUCAUCUUUAAAUAUAUGAAACAAUGUUUUAUUUGAACAAUAGAAAACCAGACGGCAUUGCUAUAAUCUAGAUGAGGCCCUGUAAACAUGCUUUCAGCCCAAAAGUCAGUAGGAAACAGUUUAUUUUCCCAAAUAUUUAUAGACGCACGUGGUAGUAAAACUACAGUUUAGAAGAGUGUUUUUUGCAUAAAUUAAAAAUAUACAGUAGACUUUCAAUUAUAGAUCAAAAGUAUUCCGGAACAUUGAAUCCGCAGCCGAUUGGCAAAUCGAAAAAUAUUCAGAGUUUUCCAGUACGCUGAUAGACACGCUUUCACAUAUAUUAUUUACAUUAAUGUAUAGUUAAAUCUUCAUUUAUCUUAGUUUGACGCAAUGCUUUUUGCGUGGUAAUAUAUCCAAGUAACACUAAAUGAUGGUAUUUUUCUUUAGGCAAAAUAUUUUGGGUGGAAAGCUGCCAAAUUCAUUUUAAUAACUGAUCUGAGUAACUUGGUUUAAUUGAUCGACUGUAUAUUUUGAAAGUUUUUCCGAAUAAGCUGCGUUUGAGCUGAUGUAAUAGAAUUUUCGUUUUAAUUCACUAACCUAGGCGUUGCUGUUGGGUAAAAUGUGGAUCCUUACUGAGAUUGAUCGAUUUAUAGAAUAUUGUAAAUAUUUUCAAAUUUUACAGAAAGCAAAAAUCUUGUAAUAUAAAGCUAUUCGUUAGAAUAUUAUAGAUUUUAUUUACUUUUUGUUUUCAAACUAUUGCUAUCCGCACGUUACUCUAAUUUAUGUAAAAUAAAAACAAAUUCUUUUA